AGGCGCGCGCGGAACCAUUCAAAUGUAAACCUCUCUUUUGGGGGAAGCGUUUCAGCGACGUACCAGGACAAUAAGUUGCUUCCGGACAUGUUAGUUCGGAGCAACGCAAGCAACGAUCGAGUCGCGUGAAGUAUGGCCGAGACCACGGAAAACCAGCAGAGCCACGAGGAGAUGUUCGCCCACAGAUUUUCAUCGGACGAUAAAGAAUAUCAACAGUACGUGAACCGUCCAGCGGACCCCCCACCCAUCGUCGAGGACUGGAGGAGUCGUGGAGGGGGAAACAGAGGCAGGGACAGGCACCAGGACCGUCGAGGCCGAGGUUGGGGAGGAGGUCGAGGUUGGGGGGGAGACCGGGGUUGGCGAGGGAAUGACCGGGGCCGAGACAGGGACCGGGAGCGGGACCAAGACAGGUACUCGGGGCAUGGAAGUGGUCAUCAAUCGGGCCCUCCAAGCUACAACCAAGGGCAUAACUCUUAUCAGAGACCACAAUAUGACCGCUACUGAUCUCUACUCUAAACUCUCAGGUGUUGUCAGUGUUUAUAGUAUUCAGUCUUACAACUGUCAUUGCAAUACCAUUAUGUGGUAAUGUUUAACAAUUUGUUUGUUUGUGACUGUCAUUGCCACAGUCUUCUAAGCAAUCAUUGAAAUGGUGUGGAUCUUUUUUAAAUUAAUUGUUAAAUGCAGAGUUAUUGUCUGACUUGAAAAUGCAAAUACGUACUGCAGAUUAUUUUUUAUUUUCGGCAGAAGAGUACACAUCCUGUUUGAUUUCCACUUACCGUUUCCAUACCUCAACAGUCUUUUUCUUUCCCAUAUUCCUGUGUACUGCCUGUAAUCCCAUUAAAUCUGUUUACUCCAUUUUUGUGAAUGAUAACAAGGACAUACUUGCAGAUUUCAAUACUGAAACUCAUUAACAAUGAAGCAUCUAUUUCUUAUUUAAUAUUUCAGAUAUAUGGUCUGUUCUUAAUAUUUGAUUGCUACAUUAUAAGUGAGAGUUGCUUUGUGUUCAAAUGGUUUUGCGGCUAUACAUCUAUACAUGCUUUGACAUUGUAGUAUUGUAAAUUAUACAGUACUGUUGCAGACUGUAAAUCAGACUAAAUCUGUUUGUAAUGCAGCUUUAUUUUUCUGUGUCCCAUUAUUUCAGGAUACUGAUGAACUGUUUUCAUUAAACAUGUAUUUUCUUAA